UUACCGUAAAACAUAGUCAAAAACCGUUUUAUGCGCACAUGUUAUACAUGGACUACGUUCAAAAUAAUUAGAUACGGUUUCCACUAUUCAUCGAGGAGAAUAGUAUCUGUGAUGUAGCGUUUUUAAUAUUUUUAAAAUUUUGACUCAAUAUUGUUUUAUAAGCAUUUGUAAAACUCGUAGAAUCUUGGAAGUUUAUGUUUUAAUUACUUUGUUCAUAAUUAUUUGAUCAAAAAAAAAUAAAUAAAUAAAAACGCUACGUCACAAAUAAACUUUUCGUCUAUGUUGUGUAAAAAUGUCUCAAGGGUGUAUAUUAUUCUGUUAAAACGUGUUCGCGUAUAACUUGGUUUUGGCCUCAAAAUAUGUGAAUGUAACAUCCUCUUGAAACGAGUUUUGCAUCGGGAACUGAUUUUUCACAGCACUAGUCAUAGGCAAUUGUGGUGUACAGUUAAGCAGUCGACAGCUAGACCCAUUUUUAUAAGCAGAGACUCAUUAUUUUUUUUUGUACGUUCAAAUCUUUCGGCGUUUUGGCCGACUCCCUCUCUCCAAUCCACUACUUUCUGGCAUAAAUACUCAAAACUCUUUUUUUAACUAUUGCAUUACAAUUCACAAUAUACUAUACUACGAUGACGCUAGAAUUACGUGAACUGGAUGAAUCUGUGGCACUGGUAACGGGUGGCGGCCAAGGGCUUGGAUUCGCAUUUGUCGAAGUGCUGGUGAAAAACGGCGCGUAUGUGUCUCUAUUGGAUAUAAACGAAGAUAAUGGAAAUAAAGCGAUUAGUCGUUUAAAAACCAAGUUCGAAACAUCUGAUAAAGUAUUAUUCAUUAAAUGUGAUGUUACCAAUGAAAACGAAUUUGAAGAUGCUUUUAAAAAUACCAUUAAAAAAUUUGGAAAAAUUAACAUUGUAAUUAAUAAUGCGGGUAUCAUGACGAAGUACAUUACAUCGUGGGAGCAAGCAAUCGAUAUCAAUUUUAAAGCAGUAGUCCGUGGUACUAUAUUAGGUCUCAAAUAUAUUGAAAAUAAAGUCGAUAACAUGUCUGCAGUGAUCAACAUUGGAUCCAUAACUGGACUUUCCAGCAGCAUUUUACCAAUAUAUCAAUCGACGAAAAGAGCAGUUGUUGAGUUUACAAAAUCUAUUGGAUGUGUGUACAAUGCGAGGGAGAACGGCAACCAUAUUAGAAUCAUGUGCAUUUGUCCAGGACCUACAUUCGACGGACUCGAUAUCGAAGGGAAAAAAAAAUUAGAACAUAAAAUGAAAGUCUUCAUUACGAGUGGUGAAGAAAAUCCAGACGAAAAGAGAAAAAUAUUAGUUCAGAGCUCCGAAUACAUUCAAGCUUCAUUUCUGUACGUUAUGAAAAAUGGCAAAACGGGAGAAGUGUGGAUAUCGGAAAACGAGGAAUCUCCACGACUGUCAAAAUUAAAUAAUUUUUAUUAAACGUAUAAUUAAUAA